GCAGCGCCCUACCUCAAGAUGGCGCCCAGCCCCUCACCCGGCACCACGCAGGCGCCGCGGCCCCAACGCCGUUGUGACGCCGCCGCUGCUGGCCUCUGCCUGGGCUGGGGCUGCCUCCGCAAGGCGCUGCCGGGGGUGGCGGGAGUCGGGGCUGCCGCUUCGGCUCAUGCUGCCUUCGCCCCCUGAGGCUGGAAGAUGAGGCUGCUGGCGGCCGGCAUCUUGCUGCUGGCCCAUCUCUGCACCGCCUUCUACCUGCCCGGCCUGGCUCCCGUCAGCUUCUGCGACGACGACAAGGAGAGCGAGGGCUGCAAGUCACUAAUUGAGCUCUUUGUGAACAGACUGGACUCAGUUGAAUCGGUUCUGCCAUAUGAGUAUGAUGCUUUUGACUUCUGUCAAGAUAAGGAAGAGAAAAGACCAUCAGAAAAUCUUGGGCAAGUGCUGUUUGGAGAGAGGAUAGCAUCAUCUCCAUAUAAGUUCACUUUUAAGAAGCAGGAAACAUGCAAGAAAGUUUGUACAAGGUCUUAUGACCCAGAAAACAGUGCUGAUAGAAGCAAGCUGGCUUUUUUGAAGAAAGGAAUGCAGUUGAACUAUCAACAUCACUGGAUUAUUGAUAACAUGCCUGUAACAUGGUGCUAUGAUGUGGAAGAUGGACAAAAAUACUGUAAUCCAGGAUUCCCAAUAGGAUGUUUUGUUACUCCAGAUGGUAGAGUUAAAGAUGCUUGUGUUAUAAAUUCAGAGUUUAACAAGAAGAACACUUUCUACCUCUUCAACCACGUUGACAUAACAAUCAUGUACCAUAGUGGGAAGGAUGAAAACUGGCCUGGUGCAAGACUGGUGAUGGCACGACUGAGACCACAAAGCUACAAACAUACAGAUGAAAACAACUUAAGCUGUGAAGGUCCACCUAUGGAGAUUCCUGGAGAAUUCAACAACAAACUGAAUUUGAUCUAUACUUACUCGGUGACAUUUGAAGAAAAGAAUAAUAUUAAGUGGGCUUCCAGAUGGGAUUACAUUUUGGAGUCCAUGCCACACACAAACAUCCAGUGGUUUAGUAUAAUGAAUUCCCUCGUAAUUGUUCUCUUCUUAUCUGGCAUGGUGGCUAUGAUCAUUCUGCGGACCCUUCAUAAAGAUAUCGCAAGAUACAACCAGAUUGACUCUUCUGAAGAUGCCCAAGAGGAAUUUGGCUGGAAGCUGGUUCAUGGAGAUGUGUUUAGACCUCCAAGGAAGGGAAUGUUACUGUCUGUCUUCUUGGGCCAAGGAACACAGAUUUUCAUUAUGACAUUUAUUACUUUAUUCCUAGCUUGCCUUGGUUUUCUUUCUCCUGCCAACCGUGGUGCUUUGAUGACCUGUGCAGUUGUAUUGUGGGUCUUACUAGGAACUCCAGCUGGUUAUGUGUCUGCUAGAAUGUACAAGACAUUUAGAGGCGAGAAGUGGAAGACAAACGUUUUGCUUACAGCUCUGCUUUGUCCUGGAAUUGUCUUUGCUGAUUUCUUCAUUAUGAAUCUCAUUCUGUGGGUAAAAGGAUCCUCCGCUGCCAUCCCUUUUGGUACUUUGGUUGCUAUCCUAGCCAUGUGGUUUGGAAUUUCAGUCCCACUAACCUUUAUUGGCGCAUAUUUUGGCUUCAAAGAGAAGCCUAUUGAACACCCAGUUCGUACAAACCAGAUUCCUCGCCAAAUUCCGGAACAGUCCUUUUUCACAAAACCAUUGCCUGGUAUCAUAAUGGGUGGCAUCUUGCCCUUUGGCUGUAUUUUCAUUCAACUCUUUUUCAUUCUGAAUAGCAUUUGGUCUCAUCAAAUGUACUACAUGUUUGGUUUCCUGUUCCUAGUUUUUAUAAUUCUUCUAAUUACGUGUUCUGAGGCUACAGUUUUGCUGUGCUACUUCCAUCUCUGUGCAGAGGAUUAUCAUUGGUGGUGGCGAUCGUUUCUGACAAGCAGCUUUACAGCUGUUUAUCUCUUUAUCUAUGCAGUUCAUUACUUCUUCUCUAAACUCCAGAUAACAGGAACUGCUAGCACCAUUUUAUACUUUGGUUACACAAUGAUCAUGGUCUUGAUUUUCUUCCUUUUCACAGGAACUAUUGGAUUUUUUGCCUGCUUCUGGUUUGUAAGUAAGAUUUACAGUGUUGUGAAAGUGGACUGAAAAGCUUCAAAGUGUCUUCUGAACAUAUCUCCCUUGCUGUUUGAUAUUUUUUUACCAUGUAUUGAGAAACGCACCGUGUAAUUCUAAUUUGUAAAAGCUGAACAGCAGACUACAGCUUAAAAUACUUUUUUUUUUUUUUAAUGGAAGGAAAUGGCACCAUUGGGAAAAAAAAAUGUUUACAUCAGUAUGCUCAUUGAACAUGUUAAUUCUAAUCAUUCUAAAACUUGUAUCCAAAAUUUGAUUUAGCAGAAAUAAAACCCCUGUGAACUAGUUUAUUUGAGAAAUGAGUGCAUUAUACCAGUCCUCCAGCUGAAAUUUCUUGUAUUGUUUUUUUGUAACAUUUUUUGGUUUCCAAUUAUAUACCAUCAAAGCACAGGACUGUCAAGUAAAUCUAUGUAAAAUGUGAAUUUUUAACUUAACUAUGAUUGUACAUAUUAUCCUACACCUUCUGUACAACUAGAUAUCUUCUUACAACUGUACAUGCUCUUAGUGUAACGUAGACUUUAUUAAAAAUAUCGACACUGGUUUUUGUUCAAAUAAAACUGCACAACUCCA